AUGUCUGACGCUUUGGUUUCGUACGCUGCCCUCAUCUUGGCAGACGCUGAGUUGGAGAUCUCCUCCGCUAACUUGCAAUCCGUCCUCUCUGCCGCUGGUGCUUCCGUGGACAAGAUCUGGACCGAUGUGUUCGCCAAGGCCCUUGACGGCCAAAACUUGAAGGAAUUGCUCUUCUCUAUCUCUGCUUCCGCUCCUGCUGCUGCCGCUGGCUCUGCUCCAGCCGCUGCUGCUGGUGGUGCUGCUGAGGCUGCUGCUGAGGAGGAACCAGAAGCCGAGGAGGAGGAAGAUGAUGACAUGGGCUUCGGUUUGUUCGACUAA